UACCCGAACCUAAUUCACGGUCAAAAUGGUGGAUAUUUAAUAGUGCAGGCGUCUUGGACCUUGGCAAUUGUUGAUGUACUUGCAAGUUAAUAGAAGUAAAAAAAAAUUAUAAGAACACGUGUACAUUGUAAUUAAAAUGAUAUAUUUCUUGGUAUGAUAUUUUGUUAGUGUUAUUUGUGUAUUUGAAUAGAUUAAUUUUAUACAAUAAUUAUUAACAAUAAACCAAACGAGUUUUUGGUGAACAAAAAAAAGUAUAGCAAGUCAUACGUACACUUACGACUAUUAUAAAUAAAAAUAAGAUUAUUUAUUUAACCUGAAAUAAUGGCAGAUGUAACAGAAUUAAAAAUGAAUAUGGCAGCUCUAAAACGCGUUGAUCCAUAUGUAAAAGAUAUUUUAGAAACAGCAACGCAUGUGGCUCUUUAUAAAUUUAAUGCUGAGAACAAUGAAUGGGAGAAGACUGAUAUCGAAGGCGCAUUGUUUGUUUACUCAAGAAAUGGCGAACCUUACAAUAGUAUUCUUAUUAUGAAUCGAUUAAAUACCAACAACUUAGUUGAACCUGUGACACAGAGGCUUGACCUAGAGCUCCAAGAGCCAUUUUUACUCUACAGAAAUUCAAAAUGUAACAUCUUUGGUAUUUGGUUUUAUGACAAAAACGAGUGUAUUCGCAUUGCGGCUAUUUUAAAACAACUUGUUAAACAUUCUGACCUAAGCUUAAAAAUGAAUACAAGUUUAAAAAAUAAAAAACAAGUCAUUAACAAAACAAACAACUCUUUCAAUAAUGUCGAUAUAUUUAGCAUGCUCAGUAAAGCUCAAGAAAAUUUUAACACUAGUAGAGAAAGUAACGGUCAAGAUGACAAUAACACUAAAACUGAUAAGACUUCUGAAGACGUCAGUUCUUUUUCCCAUUCAAGAGUUAAUACAACAACAGGUGGAUUAUUUGAUGGAACAUCUCAAAGUGUUGUCGAUUUCUUUGCCAAAGCUAAGGUAAAUACGGGACAUUAUAAGCCAGAGCAUCAACAAUCUCCAGGAAAUGUUCAUGUAGCAGCAGAAAAACCUUUAUUGUUAACUCGUUUGAUGUCUCAUCCUGCAGCGCAUACUCUUGAGCACAUAGAAAAACAGCAGCGUUCUGUCACACCUCAACCAGCAGGAAUACCAAAUAUUGUACCACCAGUGACACUACCAAUUGCCUCAAAUUUUAUGAAAAACGGAACACCAUCAAGCAAAACGAAAAAACCUAUUACGUGUUCUAAUAACUCUGAACUGUCAUCACAAAUUUUACAAGAUAUUGAACACGUCGGUAAAUCAAAUGACACAAUAAUUGGUAAUAAAAGUUUUCAUCGAAUACAAUCACCGCUAAAAAAUUCAAUAAAUACAGUUGUAAAUCACAAUACUCCAGGACAAAAUGUUUAUAAACACGCGAUUUACGAAAUAGAGACUCCGAUAGAUAAAGUUAUUAAAGAAGAAUUAAGUGUAACUAAAACAUUAACAGAUACUAUUUCAACAUUGCCAAUGGGAUUUUCAUCACUCGAUUUAGAUGACAAGUCAAUUGAAUCAGAAGAAGCUAUUGGAACUCGAGGACUUGGUCCCAAUGCUCCGGCAUUGAUGCCUCCUGUAAUGUUUUCCGCAACUAGUCCUUCGGAACCUAAUCGACUCCUUGUUGAACCUCUUACACGAAAUCAAUUACUACAAGCGUUUAAUUAUCUUAUUAAAAAUGAUCCAGACUUUAUGAUGAAAUUACACGAUGCUUAUGUUAAAUCAUUUAGCGAAAUUUAUUCGUAAAGUAGUUAUUUUAAUAUGAGUAAAGUAAGAGGACAUGUGAGGAUAAAAAUAAUUAAAAAAUCAGCAAUGACAAUGACACGGAUAAUAAUUAACACAUUGUAAUAUUAUUAAAAAGUCUUUAUUGACUUGUUAAAAAAUAUAUUAAUUUUUAUAACGUGUUCUAUUAUCCUAUUUAAAAACUUAAUCAUUGAUGCCGAUUAAUUAUAAUCUGUGAUGCAAGAAUUUCUUUUUCUUUUUUCUCAAUCCAUUUUCUUUACAAACAAAUAAAAAAAAUAACGAGUCUCGCCAAAAUCUAUUUUUUUAAAUAAAAAAUAAAAAAUACUGACGAUAAUAAAAUUUAAUAGAGCAAGAUUGUUAAAUUGUUUUUUUUCUUCAAGCCACAA